UGUUCCACCGAACGCGAUAGAAAGACGCACACAUGUUCACCGUUUCCUUGGUAACAUCAUUACGUUCACUAUUUACCAUCCUAAGUAAACGGUUCAUUUUAACAACAUGGACAUCCAGGAACGAAAUGUCCGGAGCUGUGGAGAGAACAUCGUAGAAAUGGUUGAUAUGGACGAAGAAAACUUUGCUGUUUCCAGUUCUUCAGCUGCAGAUGCUGCUUUUGAUGCUGUUAUUGGCUGCAUAGAGGACAUCAUCAUGGAGGAGGAGUUUCAGCAGCUUCAGCAGAGCUUCAUGGAGAAACACUACCUGGAGUUUGAUGACUCUGAUGAGAACAAACUCAGCUACACACCCAUCUUCAAUGAAUAUGUUGACCUGCUGGAGAAACACCUGGAGCAGCAGCUGAUGGAGAGAAUCCCUGGCUUCAAUAUGAACACUUUCAUAGAGCUGCUCAUGCAGCACAAAGAGGAGGUCCCAGGUGACAUCUUUGACAUGCUGCUGACCUUCACUGACUUCAUGGCCUUCAAGGAGAUGUUUCUGGAAUACAGAGCUGAGAAGGAGGGCCGAGGUCUGGACCUGAGUCAGGGGCUCGUGGUCACAUCUCUGAUCCCUGCAGACUCCAAACACACCAGCUCCACUGAAUCACAGUGACACACACACCACUCAAAAAGUCUAACACUUGAAUUGCCUCUUCCUUUGCGUGUUCAUAUAAAUUUUAUCCAUGGGCCGUUAGAAAGUUGUUAACUUGUGGUCAGUGGUGUUUACGAGUUUUUUACUCUGAUGGCAAGUUUCAGGAUACACUGUAUAUCUAAAUCUAAACCUACAGUCUGUGCACAAAUAGGCUGUUCAUAUAUGCAUUCCUGCGUGUUUUAUGUGGUGGGUGGGAUGAUAUGUGUAUUUAACAGCCUCUCUGUAGUUAAAGUUCUACUUCCCAGCCAUUGCAUUGGACAUAAUGAUUACUUUAAAUACUCACAUCCAUAAGCAGGUAUUUUCAAGUGAGUGAGGCCUGAUCAUAAUUUUACAAUCAUCCUCUUAUUCACAUGUGUUUUUAUUGAGAUUUAGCAUUCAUGUGUCUGCCUGGUUGGGGAGUAGGAACCCAAAAUUCAGCUGAAGGGCCAGUGUUUGUGAUUUCAGGUCAGGUUAUGUUUUCUAAUGUGAAAAGCAUAAACAGAUCCCUCAGUGAGUAGGGAAACCACAUGUUUGAAUAUGCUCUCUUUUCCUGGUAGGUUUUUUUUUUUUUCAAAAGAAAAGAAUAUAGCAGAACUAAUAUAUGUUUUCUGAAGGUUUAAAUUAUUCAGUUUUAAACCUCAUUGGAUUGAGUUUUGUGCCUGUGAAAGUGAUUUUUAAUGUAUAUAAUGACUGUGUAUGUGUGUAUGUGUGUGUGUACAUGAGUGCGUGCAUCUGCAAUCAAAAAUAAAGAUCUACAGUAUAGUUUUUAGUAUAAUGUCAAAGUGUUUUCUACUUGUGUUAACAUGACAGUUUUAACUGUAAGAAUAUAUUUGUGUCACUGCUUAAAUACUGUUGAUGUCACAUUUGUUAGUAAAAAGAUAUUUCCAAAUAAACAGGUAACAGCCUUACACUGAAA